AUGAGUUUGGUAAAGAAAGUAACCGGAAAAAUUUCUAGAAUAGUUCAAAAUAGAGAAAAACGUUUUCUACGAAAUACAGCAAUAGAGGUUUUAAAAUACGCUAUUACUGACAAAAGUUUACCAUGGUGGGUAAAACUUUAUUUUAUAAUUAUAUCCGGAUUGGUUGUGUUUGUGGCAGUAAACUUGGCUGUUGGAAUCUACAAUAAAUGGGAAAUCACUCCAGUCAUUAUAGGAAUCAGUUCGCAUAUGACUCCAAUAAACUCGAUUCCUUUUCCUGCUAUAACUAUUUGCAAUAUGAACCAAGCCAAAAAAUCGAAAGUAGAGCAUUUGGUCCCGGGAUCUGUUGGAUACGCAAUGCUACAAAAGACCUGUUACAGAGAGACCAAUUACACAUCGUAUAUAAAUUUGCAGCAUAAGAAUGAAACUUUUCCCAAUUUUAUAGUUAAUAUUUCGGAAAAGUGUGAAGAUCUGAUCGUGUCCUGCAUGUUUCAUCAACAAAAAAUUCCUUGCACCGAUAUUUUUCGGGAAAUAUUUGUGGACGAAGGUCUGUGUUGUAUUUUUAACUUACUGCACCCAUACUAUUUAUAUAAAUUUAGAUCGCCUUAUAUUCGCGAUUAUACAUCCUUGGAAAGAUUUUCGGACAUUGCCGUAGAUUGGGAUCCGAUGUCAGGAUACCCAAAAAGACUACCAUCGAGUUACUAUCCGCGUCCUGGUGUUGGAGCUGGAAGUUCUAUGGGUCUUCAAAUUAUUCUCAAUGGUCAUGUAAAUGAUUAUUAUUGUUCAUCGACCAAUGGACACGGAUUUAAACUUCUCCUAUAUAAUCCGAUUGAUCAACCCCGUUUGAAGGAAUCCGGGCUGCCCGUAAUGAUAGGUCGCCAGACGACAUUUCGGAUAAUUGCCAGGAGUUUUGAAGCCUCUCCUAAUAUACGACAUAUUCAAAGAUCAAAACGACAAUGCAUUUUUAGCGAUGAACAGGAGCUGCUCUUUUAUCGUUACUAUACUCGAAGAAAUUGUGAAUCCGAAUGCGAUGCUUUGUUUUUUCUCAGAUUGUGUGAUUGUAUUCCGUAUUAUUUGCCCUUGGUUUAUCCCAACGCUUCAGUAUGCGACGUCGAUCGGUUCCAGUGUUUGAAUAAUGCGGAACAGGAGGUUUUUGACGAUGAAAGUUCUCAAUGCAAAGAGCUUUGCCUCCCCAGCUGUCACGAUUUAAUAUUCUUUCCUGAUUCAUUUACCACACCGUUUGGCAAGAAUACCUUUAGAAUCCAAAGUGACUAUUUAAAAAAUUUGUCAAAUCAAUAUAUUCGCGAAAAUUUGGCGGUGGUAAACUUUUUUCACACAGAAAACUAUUUUCGAAGUAGCGUGAGGACCUCGUACACAGGAUCAACAGAGUAUAUGGCUCAGACUGGCGGCCUGAUGAGCCUAAUGAUUGGAUUCAGCGUUAUCUUUAUAGCUGAAAUUAUAUACAUUUUAUUAUUCAUUUUAUCAAUGAUAAUUUUUCUAAUGUUUUGA